UGUCACUGUUCAGAUUUUGUUUAAGUUAUUUUGUUGAAUACUUAAUUUUUUUUCAUUAAAACAGUAUUUUUGCCCAGGCUAGCAUCAAAUUUUGAAAUGUUGCUCAUAUUAGAUGACAUCCAUAAAAAACAUUUAGAGCUUUUGAAAGGAAUUGAUAAUAAAGUUGUAAAAGAAUUCUGCCGAAUAUCUGUUGAGCAUCUUAGAAAGGGGAGCAAUGUAAAAAUAUACCAAAGUGCUGCACAGAGGUUGAAUGUAGAGACUGAUGUUGUACAAAAUGCUGUGAUUGGUAUCAUGCACCUUCUAACUGAGGCAUCAAAAAUGAUGAUAUCAGAACUUGAAUUCAGGGAUUCCAUCAUAGUUUUAGGCUUUAAUGAGCAAAGUCAAGAAGAAUUGGUGAAAUGUUACUUGGAAAACCGUGAUGAUAUUCGACCGCUUUUGACUUCAUUUAUGGUUGGAUUGCCACAUUAUCAUAACAUGGAAUGGAGAAUUGAUGUUCAACUUGCCAGUCGCUGUCUUCGUCGACCAACUGAGCCAACUGUAUUGAUGAGGCUUCAAUUAGAAAAUGAUCAUAAACUAAAUAGUGUCAUUUUAGAAGCAGAUCCUGUUAAUAUCCUUCAUAUGGCAGAUGUGUUGGAUCAAGCACUGCAGGAAGCCAAAUCGCAUCAUUGUCGUCGAAUCAUGAGAAGCAUUAAAUAAAACACAAUGUUAAGUGUUGUUAAGCUCUUGUUAAAACUUGAAAUGAAGUUGAAUUAUUUAUUUGUUGAUUUUUAUGUUUUUAAAUAUUAAUUAUCAUAUUAUCACAUUUUAUAUAAUAUAAUUAUAUGAAAUUAGUUUUGUUUUAUUUAAGUGCAUUAUUCCUAUAGAAAUUUUUUUUUUUUAAUCUUAAGAGUUUGACAAAGAAUGAAAUUUAUAUUCGAAAUCAUGUUAAAUAUUGGUUUCUGCUGUUUCAAAAUAAAUAAUAUCUUCAAGAUAGCUUCAAAUGAUUCUUGAAAUAUAUUUUCUUAUUAAGUAUUCAUUUUGUAAUUUUAUCUCAUUAUUGUAUAUUUGUGUAUAUGCUCAUUUGCUACUGUUUUUCCUGCAUCUUAUAAACUGGGUAAGCAAUGAACUUCACUGUGGACAAUGUCUAUGUGUAUGUGUAUGUUCAUGAGUAUCUCAAGAAAUAAUGUGCAGAUU